GCAUAAUUCGUUGUUCAAACCCCUAGCACUCACCGGGCAGCCUGACUGGUUGAAGUAGGAGCCGGAGUUUUACAACGGCGCUUCCCCACGCAUUACUUCGUAGUCCAGGGACCUCUAUAUUUGUGGGCGGCUGCAGAUGGAAGAGAUGCUGCCUUUCUAAAUCUGGAUUCUCCUUCCCAGGAUAACCGCUUACUACGCGCUCAGGUCCUUUUUUAGGGAUAAUGCAUCAGUAUGGCUUCUUUUCAAUUGGUAUCUGACAUCCACCUGGAAGCUCCCCCCGCAUACGACGUAUUCAACAUCCCUUCGAAAGCGCCCUAUCUAGCGCUUCUAGGCGACAUUGGCUAUGUCAAAGACGACGGUUUUUUCGUCUUUCUUGAGAGCCAGCUUCGAAAAUUCCAAAUGGUUUUCUUAAUAUUAGGAAACCAUGAGCCCUGGAAUUCCACUUGGGCCACGGCGAAGGACAAGCUGAAACGCUUCUCUGAUAGCAUUCGCCAGAGGAAGGCUUCAGGAGAAAGUACAAAUGCCGAAAAUAAACUCGGAGAAUUCGUCUUCAUGGAUCAAACGCGCUACGAAAUUUGCCCAGACGUCACAGUAUUAGGCUGCACGCUUCACUCCAGAAUCACACAGAGCCAGGAAGAGCGCGUCUCCCUGUCGCUCAAUGACUUCUACCACAUCGAGAACUGGGAUGUGGAGAGCCACCGUGCCGCACACGAGGCUGAUCUCGCCUGGCUCAACAACCAAGUCACCAACAUCGCUCAGUCGGAUCCGCAUCGCAAGAUCGUUAUCUUCACUCACCACAGUCCCACACUCGACGCUCGCGCAACUGAUCCUGCGCAUGGGAACAGUCCCAUCACGUCGGCUUUCGCGACAGAUCUCACUGGGGAGCCGUGCUGGGAGAAACCCCAGGUGCGCUUAUGGGCGUUUGGACAUACGCAUUAUAAUUGUGAUUUUGUCGACAGCAGAACUGGGAAACGCAUUGUGGCGAACCAAAGAGGUUAUUAUUUUGCUCAGUCAAAAGGUUAUGAUCCGGAGCUGGUGGUUAGUGUAUAGCUACGGCCGUACUGCGUGGUUGGUUGCUGUAUAGAAUUAGAUCUCGUGAAACCGGUGCAACAGCAUCAACAGGGGAAUUUUACGAUCUUUAAAGUUUUCUUGACACAAGA